UAGUUUAGCCUUCAAUACAAGAUCUAAUUUAUGUAGAAAGAAAUAAGAGACACAAAUGAACAAUUAUCAGUACGAGUAUCAAAAAAAAAAAAAAGACUUGCCACACGUUUCCUCCAGACUUUUGUAGCUGUAAACAAGAAAUCACAGAGCCUCUAAUUUGAGGUACGUUUUUUCAUCAUUUCCUCCACAGCGUUUGGCUCCAGACUGCUGUAAUCGAGCCAAUGGAAAGCCCUUCAGACUGUAUAGUAGAGGCUGAAGUCGACUCAUUUUUUCCAACAGCUUCAGGCUCCAAAGGAGCGCCGCUGCAAACACACUCACGCUGCUGUUUCCUACAAGUUUGGAGAUGCUCUGGUGGACAGCCAGCAGGGCCUGGCUCUGCUUCUCCUGCUGCCUCCUGCUGGGUGUCUGCUCCCAACCAGAGGACGGAGGACCAGAAGUGGUCCUGGAACAAGUGUCAGGAGAACCUGGCUUCGAGGAUUGGGAAAUGGGUUCUGGAUCUUCUCUGCUGCAUCUCUUCAACCACUUCCCUGCUGACAGCUCCUUUGUUUUUAAGGAGACCCCAAAAGAACCACUCAAUUGCACGCAGCGCUUCUGGUUGCCACCUUCCUCUCCGGUCUGCUGGGAAACUGUAGCAGAACCGGAGGAGUUCGCCAGGUCCCGUCUGCUUGUUCUGCAGAACAGGGCCGCGCUGCAGGCGGUGUCUGACCUGAGCGGGGUGGAGGAAGCAGGAGUUUCCUACAGCCACCAAGCCAGAGAGGAGGUCCAGGGCGUCCUGUCAGACCACCAGGAGGCGACGGAGAUAAUGCAAACCAUGGAGAAUGUGUUUGUCUCACUGGUGGAGAAGAGGAAAGAGGGGAAGGAGGAGGGCAUUCUUACUAGCAUAAGGGAGCAUCUUACCAACACAAAGGAGGCGAUGGAAGGAAAAGAGCUCCUGGCAAACAACCUGGAGAGCCGUUUUUCUACUUUAGAGAAGACUCUGCUCAACAUACACCUUCGACUCAACAAACUCAUUCGACAAUGAUAACAAUCAAAGCCCCCUCCAAGAGCCUCUGGUACAAGAGUUUAAAUGGUGCAUGCGUAAUAAAUUCCGAUGUCUAAGGAAAUGUAAAUUGUUAGCAAAAGAACAGAAAAAAAGUACAAACCCAUAACCUGAACACAUGUGGCUGUUCCAGUUUACGACUCCGAAUGAUCCGUACAGGCAUUUUACAGUCGUAUAAAACACCUUGUGAAACUCUAAUAUACUGAGUUCUGCAUAAGAAUAAGAGACUUGUCAAACUUGAGAGAUUAUAGUUUUUGUCUGUUUAUAUAGACAUAAAGGUUACCCAGCAAAACAUUGACAUGUAUUUUAAUCUAAAAUCUAAACAAUAAAUCCAUUACUAAAUAAAAAGGAAGCAUUCUGAUGUGUAGACGUUUAAGAUAUAUUGAAUUGUUAGACUAACAGAUGUUCAAAGUUCUUGGUGGCAAAUAGAGGUACAUUUUUUCAAAGAUGUUGAAAACAUCCAGUUUCAGUAAUCAGAUGUGUGAAGCUAACUGAGACACCCGUCCUUCAUCUGCAGUCAGUUCUAAUACUUUUUUUUUUUUUUUACAAAACUUAGAAAAGUGUGUCAUGCAUUUGUAUUUGGCCACCUUUACUAAAUGCAAUCUGCAGCAAACUGCACUCAAGUCUUCUGAGAUUUGGGGAAAACAUUAGAGAGCAAACAGCAUCAUGUACACAGAGGACCUCACCCGAAUGAGAGAUCCACAGCUGACAUGGGAUAACUUUUAUUAUGCUAGUGCUGAAAGGAAACACUAAUAAGUUGUGUUUACUUAUUCCAUACAUGGUGUGACAAUCGCUGUAUAUGGAAUAAGAUGUUGUUUUGGUCCGUUGAGACCAAAAUAUUACUUUUUUGCACAUAUGCCAAAUGCCUUUUGUAUGGGAAGACACUGAACACAUCACCCAAGCUUCAAGGCUGCAUAGUAUUAGUAAAAUAUAAACGGGGCCUGCCAAAGUGUAUCCAUCAGUUGGAACCCAGCGUUCUGAUGCUAAAAGUUAGCAUCAAUGCUAAAGUAAGCUACAAUGUACUCAAGACCAUGGGGCAAGUCACAAGCAUGUUGACCAACAUGGACUUGCACCAUUCAGUAUGUUAAAAUUUUGUUUAAGCUAAAAUUAGCCAAAAUGCUCAUAUUAGCAUAUGUGCCAGUAGCAUGCAGGUUUUCAUGUAUGCUACUGCAUGCACUAGCAUGCUGUCUUAAUUUGACUUGCCCCAUUCAGUAUACUAAACAUGUCUAAUAAAUAAGAAUUAUUUUAGGGAAAAGGCUAAUGCCUGUGGUGGGGGCAGUGAAAUGCUCUGUAUGGAAAAACCUGGUUAGUGUUUUGUCUUUUUUACGUUUCUAAUGCUGCACUUGUGUAAGGGGAAACUAUUUAAAUGUGUUUGUUCUGUCAAAUAACCCUAACUUACUUAA